AAGAAUGACGUUUUCCAUGUUCCCCUCUUGGUGGCGCUUCAAUCGCCAAAGCUCCUCCAAGACGUCGACUGUCAGUCAAGUGCUCAUCUCCAGCCGUACUGUGGCAACUUCGGACGAUGAAUACGACGACGAAGAGUUCUGCUACGGCAUGACCAAGAUGCGUCGCUCCGACUCGAUCUCAUCCGAGACAACGUUCAUCGAAUCGGAGCUUGCGAGCCUCGAUGCCUGGGACUUUGAUCCGGACGACGAGCCGAUGCCGCUCCUGGAUGCCAAGGCCACCCGGCGCCCACCGAGUCCGAUCAUUACCAAGCCUAUCCAAGGCAGCGGCGUCUGGGCCUUUCACGAGGACGAAGACGACAUUGUGCCACCGCGCAGUCCGCUCAUGGCGCGUCGCCCAAACGUCUAUUACCCGCCAACGAGUCCGAUUCAGAAACAGCUCUGAGCGCAUUGUUUCAUGAAAGCGAAACCCGAGCGAAGGGGUUUCCUUAGCUGUACUUUAUUUAGUCGAAGGUUAAUUUAUUCAUUUGCUAUUCUCA